CUGCUGUCAAUUGUAAAUUGUGACGUCAGACGUUACAUUUACAAACAAUUUUUUAAAGGUGUAAAAUGAAAUGUAAAUACUUUUGAUAUAGUGGAAUCCGUCGUUAAACGUACAUUAAGUGUUAGAACUUGCCAUAUUCAUUAUUAAAUAGAAAAUUAGCACCUUCUUGCAACUUUCACCACGAAACCUAACCAUAAAAUUAUCGCAAAAUGUCAACACUAAAAACAGUUUGGAAUUGCAUGUUUGGGCCAAGAUUAAUCAAAAUAUACGGAAACGAGGGCCCUGUCGAGAAGUUCUAUCAACCUCACAGUUUCGAAAAAUGGGGCGAUCAAGUGAUACAUUCUUUGUACGUUAUUUGGAAAAUCGGAGUGUACACGUCCCCGUUCUUAGUAGGGAUACUAUACCAGCGAGGCUAUUUGACUGUUGAGGGUUUGGGGCCAUUCACAAAAUUAGUUACUAGUAUAAGUGUUAUUCUGAUAGUUUCUUACUGUUGCAAAGGUUUGGGUAGGUUCAGUAACCCAACUUACUUGAACUUUUUGUCAACACUGGAAGCAGCUAGGAAGGAAUUGACCCCUGAAACAAAACACCAGCUCUCUUUGUAUGAUUUUGAAUUUCACAGCUGGCCUGUAGAGUUUGAUAUGCGUACUGUGAGAAAGGACACCACAAAGACAUUCAUUAAUAAACCAAUUCUUCACCAAAACGUAUUACAAUAUCUCACGCAAAUACCUUUCCGAAUUAUCGCUUAUGUCGCAAUUCACACUUUCGGUAUUAGAUUAAUAUACCCAGGCUCCAUUGGGAUCAUUCAAAUGAUACUGGAGCAGAGCCUUCUUCAAGGCAGGUCUAGGCUGAUUGAACACAACCAAGGAGAACGAUUCAAAGUGCGCACUUGUGACAACAACGACAUUGAUACUAUGUUCAUAGACAGACGCAAGAGUACCCAAAAUGGCAAUACUUUGGUCAUUUGUUCCGAAGGCAAUGCAGGCUUUUACGAAAUUGGCAUUAUGAUAACAGCUAUAGAAGCAGGCUACUCAACGCUUGGAUGGAACCAUCCAGGCUUUGGCGGUAGUACUGGCAAGCCAUUCCCAACACAAGAACAAAAUGCAGUUGACGCUGUACUACAAUUCGCCAUUUAUAAACUAGGUUUUAAGCCUGAAAAUAUCAUACUGUUUGGGUGGAGCAUUGGGGGCUACUCAACGUCGUGGGCGGCCAUGAAUUAUCCUGAUGUGAGAGGAGUGAUUGUUGAUGCUACUUUCGAUGAUAUUCUUCCACUGGCCAUAAAUCACAUGCCAUCUUGGUGGGAAUCCAUCGUCAAGCUAGCUAUUAGAGAAUACGUAAACUUGAACGUCUUUGAACAGCUUGCGAAAUAUCCAGGCCCUGUUCUUAUCAUUAGGCGAACGGAAGAUGAAGUUAUCUGUCUAAGAGAAAACGAAUUGUCUUCAAAUCGCGGAAACGACUUAUUAAUCAAAUUGUUACGUGUGAGAUAUCCCUACAUUUUUGAAGACAGGCAAAUCGAUGUAUUGAAACAAUAUCUAUCUGUCGCCUUCGCUUCUCAAGGUAAUUUCUACAAAAUUGAAACACUGAUUCAAGCAUUUCUUGUAGACUUGUUUUUGAAAAAAUAUAACGUGAACGAAAAUGUAUGCAAUUCACUUUUGCAAACUUACAUUUCCGAGUAUUCGAAAUCUUUCCCCAUGAAAAUUGGGGAGGAGUUCCAGGAUCAAGACAAGAACCAGAUGGCGCUCUUUUUGGCAAGGAAAUACAUGAAAGAUUUCAAAGCCACACAUUGCACUAAUCUACCGGCUGAGAUGUUUCAACCACCUUGGGACGUCAACGUUGAGUCUGAUUUUGUUUUCACUUAAAAUGUGAAGGAAUUGGUGAUAAGAGGUUUUAAAAUGUCCUUGGUAUUUGUAAGAUUUUAUGAAAAUAUUUUGGUGUAAUAUGAAAUAAAUAUGUAAAAAUGUGACGGUUCUAGUUAAGUUUUGUUAGUAAAUUAUUUUUAAUAGUUCA